UCUUCUGUGUCACAAACAGAAAAAUCUUCUGCGUCACGAACAGAAAAAUCUUCUGUGUCACAACCAGAAAGAUCUUCUGUGUCACAACGAGAAAGAUCUUCUAUGUCAGAGAAACACCUUCGUGUGGAAAUUGAAUACUGCCAAUCCUGAGGGGGUUGGAAACGGAUGGAAUCACUUCGUAAAGCCAUUUACAGAGAGUUUCCUGAAGCCAGAGUAAUGGAUACUGUUAGCAAGAAACGUGGUGCCUUUGAAAUUAGUAUCAAUGGAAAAUUGGUUUUCUCUCAUCUUGAGAGUUGUUGUUACCCCGAAUCUGAAACGGUUGUGGCUUUGUUACAUGAUGUGCAAGAUGGCAAGAAACCCCCUGUAGUUGAGCGAUCUAAUUCCAGGUGCACAAUUCUAUAAUUCUGAUUUGUUUACUAGAAACUGCUGCAAUUAUGUUACACUUUAAACUCUGAGAUUAAAUUUGAUUCUUUCUUCCGAAACUAAUAUACUAAAUUAAUAUAUGCUAGAGGUCUUGACUAUCGUACUUCUUUCUAAAUUCUCAUGGCACAAACACACAUAUAAUGUAAGUAUAUAUAUAUAUAGGUGUGUGUAUGUAUAUAUAGGUGUGUGUAUGUAUAUAUAGGUGUGUGUGGGUAUAUAUAGGUGUGCGUGUGUAUGUAUAUAUAGGUGUGUGUGUGU